AUGAAUGAGCCUGGAGGCCAGAAAGAUAUAGAAAGGUUUAAUGUCAAAUUGCCUUCUUUUAAAGAGUUGACGAAGCGCUUUAGUGGGACAUCGGUGGCAGAUACAUCAAGACCACAGGGGAAUAUAAGAUCAUCAUCAGUAUCCAUUUCACAUUUAUCGACGAUUCCAAGAACAAUUCCUAUGCAGCAACAAGUUCCGAAUGGGAAUUAUGUUCUUUCAGCAUACUAUCAAAUACCAGUGCAAGCCCAGAUGCAAGCUGCCGCACCAAAUUUGGGCAGUGAUGUGCCCUUACAACUGCCCAUGAAUAGAUAUCAGACUGGGACUUCAAUGAAUUCUGGAAAUUCCAUUCCAGGAUCAGCAGCUUUGGCACCUCCAAGAAAUAUGACAAAUAUGAACAGAAAUCAUCAACCAUCCAGCCGAAGGAGUCAGUCCGGUUCCACAUGGUCAGAUUUCGAUGGAUUCAAUAAUUCACCAACCUCCAGAACUACUUAUCAAGGAUCAGCUCCAAUUUCUCCAAUGACUGAGCCAACAGAGUCACCACUAAAGCAACAAUCACAUCUACCGACAUUAUUGGGAAAUCUCAAGAGUUUCCUAGUGGAAACGAAAACUGAAAAUAGUGCUGAUAAGCUUAGCGCGGAGGCUUUGCUGGAGAAACUCGACACUUACAACAGCACAGAUCUAAAAUCAUUGGAAGAUAGCACUUCAAAGCUAGCAGAUUUUCUUAGGAGCUACCGGGUUCGAAAGAAUAAGAACUCCAGAUCGACUAGUCGUAUCCACAGACCGUCCUCACAUUUACUAUCAAGGUCAUUGUGGCCUUCAUGUGUUCACAAAAUUGCGGAGAGAGGCAGAAAGGAUAGAAAAAAGAGUGAAAUUGUACCACGAACAGGAAAGCAGAGUGUAAAUAAAUAUAAGAGACACGCCCAUUCGAAAUCAGACACGAUGGCUAUUCGUGUGAAUAAGAAAUUACAGGAUACACUUGCAUGGGAUCAGUCGUAUUCGAAUUCCAAUCAUUUGAUCACCGAUGAUGGCCAACAAGCAAGGCAAAGCUUUGAACAGCUAAGCCCCGGGGAAAAAAUCACUUUGAAAGUUGAGCCAUUACAACCUGCGACCAACAACAGAGUUCGCAGUUCAUUUGCACCGCAAGGGAUUUUACAUCAAGAUCUAAGCAUAAAGCCAAAGAUAAAGUGCAUGCAGUGUGGAUCAGAGUCUACUCCUGAGUGGAGAAAAGGCCCCGAUGGUGCUCGGACUUUGUGUAAUGCAUGCGGUCUUUUCCACAAUAAGCUGGUUAAGAAGAUGGGGCCAAAAGCAGCUGCCGCGUUUCUCGAAACUAGAAGAAUGAGUGGGAAACCUGGCGAACGUCAAUAUUCGUACGAGGAUAUUCAGAUGGAUGCCACCUAG